GGGUCCCAGUGUCGCGGCGGCGCACUCGCGGCGAGAAUCGGGAGGAGGAGCAGACAGCAAGGAUAGGCCCAGUUGUGUUAAAAGAAAAUCAACCAGGAAAAAAUCUCAUCAUGGCAGAUAUCCACCACGAAAACGAAGAAAUGGAGCAGCCCAUGCAGAAUGGAGAGGAAGACCGCCCUUUGGGAGGGGGUGAAGGCCACCAGCCAGCAGGAAAUAAUAGACGAGGACAGGCUCGUCGACUGCCCCCUAACUUCCGAUGGGCCAUACCUAAUAGGCAGUUCAAUGAUGGGAUGGGUGGAGAUGGAGAUGAUAUGGAAAUGUUCAUGGAAGAGAUGAGAGAAAUCAGGAGAAAACUUAGGGAGCUGCAGUUGAGAAAUUGCCUUCGUAUCCUUAUGGGGGAACUCUCUAAUCACCAUGACCAUCAUGAUGAAUUUUGCCUUAUGCCUUGAUUCCUGCUAUUUUCCAUAAGUUUAACUGUGAUUCUCACUGUUGUUUUCUUUUCCUUUCAUUUCUUGAUAUGCCUUUACUGAUCCAUUUGCUGAGAACCUUAUGUAAUUUCCAUGUGUCAAGUGGGUUCUGUUACCAGCUUCUAAUUGGAUAUUGCCUUGGCACACAGUCCUAAGUUUCUGUCAACAGUAGUUUCACACAUUUGCAUGGAAAAAUGUAAAGUUAAUAAAGCAGUUAAAAAGCAACCUAUACAUUUAUUGUCUCAUU